GGGCGCGACGCCCCGCGCCGGGACUACUGCUCCCAGAAGGUCGCGCGCCGGCCUCCGCCAGUCAGGUGGGCGCCAGGCCCUGGCGGUGGCGAAAGUGCCGGCGGAGCCGGAGACCCGCUCCCAGAGACGCCGCCUCGCGAUCACCGCGCGGGCGGGACCGGGCGGUCGGCGUCAUGACCCUGUUUCACUUCGGGAACUGCUUCGCUCUUGCCUACUUCCCCUACUUCAUCACCUACAAGUGCAGCGGCCUGUCCGAGUACAACGCCUUCUGGAAAUGCGUCCAGGCUGGAGUCACCUACCUCUUUGUCCAACUCUGCAAGAUGCUGUUCUUGGCCACUUUCUUUCCCACCUGGGAAGGCGGCAUCUAUGACUUCAUUGGGGAGUUCAUGAAGGCCAGCGUGGAUGUGGCAGACCUGAUAGGUCUAAACCUUGUCAUGUCCCGGAAUGCCGGCAAGGGGGAGUACAAGAUCAUGGUUGCUGCCCUGGGCUGGGCCACCGCCGAGCUUAUUAUGUCCCGCUGCAUUCCCCUAUGGGUCGGAGCCCGGGGCAUUGAGUUUGACUGGAAGUACAUCCAGAUGAGCAUAGACUCCAACAUCAGUCUGGUCCAUUACAUCGUCGCGUCUGCUCAGGUCUGGAUGAUAACACGCUAUGAUCUGUACCACACCUUCCGGCCAGCUGUCCUCCUGCUGAUGUUCCUCAGUGUCUACAAGGCCUUCGUUAUGGAGACCUUCGUCCACCUCUGCUCGCUGGGCAGCUGGACAGCCCUACUGGCCCGAGCAGUGGUAACGGGGCUGCUGGCCCUCAGCACUUUGGCCCUGUAUGUCGCCGUUGUCAAUGUGCACUCCUAGGCUUGGUGUCUCAGAUGUUGAUGUACCUUUUCCCUGCCUCGCUCCAGGUUUUAGUGAAGUAAACAGUAUUUGGAAAGUU